AUCAUUUUGUAUUACAAGAAAAGGUGAUGCCAGAUGCGAAUAUAAUACAAGAAUUGCUACAAGACAUAAUUACAGAAGAAAUGCUACAAGUUGAACCUAUAGAAGAGGUUGCUCUAACACAAGAAUGGAAUGCUGAA